CUUGCCAUGGCUGCCAUUUUUAAGCUUGCCAUCCUGAUCUCAUGCGUGCUGCUCUGGGCCGCCGCCGUGUGCCAGGGCGCCCUCGAGGUUAGCUAUUACAACAAGACGUGCCCCAGAGCGGAGGCUAUCGUGAGUGCCGAGGUGAGGAAGGCUGUGCGCGCCAACGCCGGCGUCGGUGCCGGCCUCAUCCGCCUCCUCUUCCACGAUUGCUUCGUCCAGGGUUGUGAUGCUUCCAUCCUGCUCGACCCGACAACGGCGAACCCACAACCGGAGAAGCUCGGGUUGCCCAACAGACGCAGCCUAAGAGGUUUCGAAGUGAUCGAUGCGGCCAAGGACGCCGUCGAGGAGGCCUGCCCCGGCACCGUCUCCUGCGCCGACAUCGUCGCCUUUGCCGCGCGCGACGCGUCCUACAUCCUAAGCGGCCGCAAGAUUGACUUCAAGAUGCCGGCCGGCCGGCUCGACGGACGCUACUCCAACGGCACGGAGACCCUCGACUUCCUCCCCGCGCCGUUCCUCGACCACAGCGGCCUCGUCAAAAACUUCGCCAAAAAGGGGCUCGACGUAGAGGACAUGGUCGUGCUCUCCGGCGCCCACUCCGUGGGCCGCGCCCACUGCUCGUCCUUCGUCCAGGACCGCCUCAACACGUCGUCCUCAGACAUCGACCCGUCCUUCGCGAGGUGGCUGCGGAGGAGGUGCCCGGACGACUUGAGCGACACCAACAACCCGACGGUGAGACAGGACACGGUGACCGCGGCUGCUCUGGACAGCCAGUACUACGCCAACGUGCUUAGGCACAGAGUGCUGCUCACGUCAGACGCGGCGCUCCUGACCUCGCCGGAGACCGCGAGGAUGGUGCGUGACUACGCCAAAGGCGACGGCCAGUGGGAGAGAAAGUUCGAGACGGCCAUGGUGAGGCUGGCUAGCAUCGACGUGAAGGCCGGCGCCGAUGGCGAGAUCAGGAAGAACUGCAGAUUCGUCAACUACAACUACAACUAUUAA